GGUUUCCAUGGCAACUGCAUCCUCCCAGGUUCUAAUUCCUGAAAUUAAUCUCAAUGAUACUUUUGAUACUUUCGCACUUGAUUUUACCAGGGAGAAGAAAUUGUUGGAAUGCCUUGAUUACCUUACAGCUCCCAACCCACCCACCAUUCGAGAAGAGCUCUGCACAGCUUCUUAUGAUACCAUUACUGUCCACUGGACAUCAGAUGAUGAGUUCAGUGUGGUCUCUUACGAGCUGCAGUACACCAUCUUCACCGGACAAGCUAAUGUUGUUAGUUUAUGCAACUCAGCCGACAGCUGGAUGAUUGUUCCUAAUAUCAAACAAAACCACUACACAGUGCAUGGGUUACAGAGUGGCACUAAGUACAUCUUCAUCGUUAAGGCCAUUAAUCAGGCAGGCAGCAGGAGCAGCGAGCCCGGCAAGCUCAAGACAAACAGUCAGCCAUUUAAACUGGACCCCAAAUCUGCUCAUAGAAAAUUGAAAGUGUCUCAUGAUAACCUGACCGUGGAACGUGAUGAAACAUCCUCCAAAAAGAGUCACACCCCAGAGCGAUUCACGAGUCAAGGGAGCUAUGGAGUAGCUGGCAACGUGUUCAUUGACAGUGGGCGGCAUUACUGGGAAGUGGUUAUAAGUGGAAGUACAUGGUAUGCCAUUGGUAUUUCCUACAAGUCAGCACCAAAGCACGAGUGGAUUGGGAAGAAUUCUGCCUCCUGGGUGCUUUGCCGCUGCAAUAACUCGUGGGUGGUGAGGCAUAACAGCAAAGAAAUUCCCAUCGAGCCUGCACCUCACCUCCGGCGCGUUGGGAUUUUGCUGGACUAUGACAAUGGUUCCCUUGCUUUUUAUGAUGCUUUGAACUCCCUACACCUUUACACUUUUGACAUUACGUUUGGGCAGCCGGUGUGCCCCACGUUCACAGUGUGGAAUAAGUGUUUGACCAUUAUAACGGGCUUGCCUAUCCCUGACCACCUAGACUCCUCUGAGCAGCUCGCAUGACUGCUGAAAGCCAAAAGGUAGGACAACACAUCUUCCCAGGGCAGCCAGGUGGCUGCCUGGAGGAGCUUGCCUGGAGCUGGUGGACACUUGUGGCAUCCCAGCCAUCGUUGCUGAAUCUGGCCAAAACUGAAAAGGAGAGAAUAUCUCUUUACUGUGUACUUUGUAUGGAAGGACAAGAAUUGGCUUUAAUAGUAUCUUACAACUUUCUUUUGCAGUUGGUUUUGUUUGGUUGGUUUUGUAUUUAGUCUCUUACAGGAAGAUUUAUAAAUUAUUUAUAAAAAC